AUGCACUCCACCGGUGCCCACGUCCGUCCCAAAGCCGCCGCCGUGUCGAAUUCCAAAGCCAACACCGACGGCGACAUUCGAGUCGGGCAGAAGAAAAAGGUGCACUGGCUGACGCAUUACUUUGAGCACAACGCCGACCUCCACGACGACGACUUGAUCUUGUUCACGGACGCAUGGGAUGUGGUCAUUCAGCGUGACUUGCGUGAGCUCACCGCAGUGUUCUUGGCGCAGACCAACCACCAGCGCGGGGUCAUUUUCAUCGGCGAACCCGGCUGUGCCGACUCGUUCACUUUGCCAGGCAUGUACGGCGACCAGUUACGCCAUGGCGCGUUCACGGUCCAGCUCGAUUCGACAUAUCCCGAACGGACGAUUCAAGGCGACAACAUGUGCAACAUAAUUGCUGCGAAAACGUCGAUGAAUUCGUUAUCCAAGGGCCCCACCUGGAGCCUCGGAUCGGGUGGCAUCCUCGGCGAUGUCCAGAGCGUCCGCGCGUUCCUGCGGCGCGUCAACCAAGUGCAUUCCGAGCAGCAGCAAAAAUUUGACCGCCUCGAGUCGCCCUUCUUCUUUUACGGCGACCAAAUCGCCUUCCAACUGGCAUAUGCCCGGUAA